GGCCAUCACCACAUAAUUAACCAACUCGACAACCCCAGCAGGCGAUAAUUCAAUCAUCUCUUAAUCAGAUCGCGAGUGCACAAAGCUUUAGGGCCAAAGCCACGACCAUGUCUGCCAGCCAGCUACCUCAGCGCUCUUAUUUAUUAUACGGUGAUCCGUAUUUCGAUUCCAAAUAUCGCAUGCUAAUUACGAAAGCGAUGAAAUUUUUGUUUCUUCCAAUCUUUCCCAGUGACCAAACAGCAGAGCAGGAAAAUAAACAGCAUAUACAGAGGAAUCCCACCAAUAUAAUCGACAGGGACUCGGAUCUCUUCAAUUGCAUAACCUUCCAGCGUGCUUCUGCAUGUCCAAAAUCGAACCUUUAAGGGUCCUCAGAUAUAAAGAUAACUGUUGCUGCCGCGCCGGAGCAAGAGGCGGCCGAGGGGAAGAUAGCGGACUUCAGUACGGCGGCGGAGAGGCUCAUCGGUGGGAAGAAAGGGAAGGGGAGACGAAAGAAUCCAAACCCAGAAGAAUACCAUCAUAUCCUUCCUGCUUAUUCCUUCUCCACCCUGGGAAUGGUUCCAAUCAUUCGUUAAUCGUCGGAACCCAAAUCCUCGAGGAUCCCUCACUCGCCAGGUGCCGCCUUUCCCCUUGCAAUUGGAUGAAUUGAGUAGGAGAGAAUCGAGCACUUCCAAUUCUGCUGGAAGGGUUGAAUUUUCUCGGACUUUCUUUGGGUUUUCCCUUUGUUUGGAACGGAAAGCGGGAAAAGGUGACAUUGGUGCUUGUUGGGUUUCUUUAUCUUGUGUUUCGUUCUGUUCUAGCUAGUCGCCCAAUGGCGGAUCUCAAAGAGCGAUUGCUUCCACCAAAACCAGCAUCAGCUGUAAACCUUAGGGAUGCUUCAUACAGGCCAUCUGCUUCCGGUCGUCAACCAUUUCAAGGGGUGGAUGUUAUGGGUUUGAAGAAACGUGGGCAAGGCCUGAGGUCUUGGAUUCGGGUUGAUUCAUCUGGCAACUCCCAGAUAAUCGAGGUCGACAAGUUCACUAUGAUGAGGCGCUGCGAUUUGCCUGCGCGUGAUCUCCGGCUGCUCGAUCCUCUGUUUGUCUACCCUUCAACGAUUCUUGGACGAGAGAAAGCUAUAGUUGUGAACUUGGAGCAGAUUAGGUGCAUAAUUACAGCUGAUGAGGUUCUGCUUCUGAAUUCGCUUGACAACUAUGUGUUGCAGUAUGUGGUGGAGCUGCAGCGUCGACUUACUACAGCUGCAGUAGGUGAGGUUUGGCAAUCGGAAGGUCCUGAAUUGAAUAGAAGGAGGAGUAGUAGGAAUUACGACAGUGUGUUUGGAACUCCAUCCCCUGAUUAUCUGCCCUUUGAGUUUAGAGCACUCGAGGUUGCUCUGGAGGCUGCCUGCACUUUCCUUGAUUCUCAGGCAGCAGAGUUGGAAAUUGAAGCCUAUCCAUUGCUAGAUGAACUGACAUCCAAGAUCAGCACACUCAAUUUGGAAAGAGUGCGUAGAUUAAAAAGCAGACUUGUAGCCUUAACCAGAAGAGUCCAGAAGGUUAGGGAUGAGAUAGAGCAGCUAAUGGAUGACGAUGGAGAUAUGGCUGAAAUGUAUCUCACCGAAAAGAAAAGUCGUAUGGAGUCACCAUUUCAUGAACAGGGUUCCAUGGGAUUCAGGUCAAAUGAUGGAGGGGUAUCGGCAUCAGCUCCAGUUUCCCCUGUUUCUUCACCCCCUGAUUCCAGGCGGCUGGACAAGUGCUUGAGCAUUGCACGGAGUCGACAUGAGAGCAUGAGGAGCUCAGAGAGCGGAACAGAGAGUAUAGAGGAGCUGGAAAUGUUGCUCGAAGCAUAUUUUGUGGUCAUUGAUAGCACCUUAAACAAGUUGACAUCGUUGAAGGAGUACAUUGAUGACACUGAAGAUUUCAUCAAUAUCCAGCUGGUACUGGAUAACGUCAGGAAUCAGCUGAUCCAAUUCGAGCUUAUACUCACUACUGCUACGUUUGUCGUGGCGAUUUUUGGGGUGGUAGCAGGUAUUUUCGGCAUGAACUUUGCGAUACCCCUGUUUGACAACCCGGGUGCUUUCAAGUGGGUGCUGAUGAUAACAGCAGUAUGUGGGAUUACCAUAUUCUGUGCAUUUGUAUGGUUCUUCAAAUACAGAAGACUCAUGCCGCUAUAGAAACACCAUUUUCGAUGUUGCUAUUUGUACUGAACAGAGUCUUUAGGACUUCCAAAAUUAUAGUUGCAACUUGCAAUGUCUCUGCAAUAUGUAUGCGAAUGGACUGAGGGAAGUGGAAAUGUGCCUCUUUCUCUCUUUUCUCUGAGCAUUAUCCAGUCCCUUUUUGAAAGGGAUAAUGAUUUCUCAAGUCCCUGAAUUUUGUUACUUUCAACAAAAAUGCC